CGCCUAGGCGUCUCACUUCUCCACUAGCCUGCAGUCGCUGCCGUUUGCAGCGCUAGCUCGGCUAGCCAGCACUCGCACCCACGCCGCAGCCAUGUGUCACCAAGCUCCGCAACUCCUAGUGCUGGGAGCGCUGCUGUGGAAAGUGACAGGCGCCUGGGAACUCACCAUCCUGCACACCAACGAUGUGCACAGCCGGCUGGAGCAGACCAGCGAGGACUCAAGCAAGUGCAUGAAUGCCAGCCGCUGCGUGGGUGGGGUAGCAAGGCUGCGCACCCAAGUGCAGCGGAUCCGCGCUGCGGAGCCCCACGUACUACUGCUCGACGCUGGCGACCAGUACCAGGGCACCAUCUGGUUCACCGUAUACAAGGGAGCUGAGGUGGCACACUUCAUGAACGCCCUGGGCUACGAUGCCAUGGCACUGGGAAAUCAUGAAUUUGAUAAUGGUGCAGAGGGUCUGAUUGAUCCACUCCUCAAACAGGCCAAAUUCCCAAUUCUGAGUGCAAACAUUAAAGCGAAGGAGCCGCUAGCAUCUCAAAUAGCAAGCCUUUAUUUGCCAUAUAAAAUCCUUUCUGUUGGUGGUGAAAGUGUGGGAAUUGUUGGAUACACUUCAAAAGAAACUCCUAUUCUCUCAAAUCCAGGAACAAAUUUAGUAUUUGAAGAUGAAAUCACAGCAUUGCAACAUCAAGUGGAUAAGCUAACCACCCUAAACGUGAACAAAAUUAUUGCCCUGGGGCAUUCCGGCUUCGAAAUGGACAAACUCAUCGCGCAGAAAGUGAAGGGUGUGGACGUCGUGGUGGGAGGGCACUCCAACACGUUUCUCUACACAGGCAACCCACCUUCCAAAGAGAAGCCGGCUGGGAACUACCCAUUCAUAGUCACCUCCGAUGAUGGACGGAAGGUUCCUGUGGUCCAGGCCUAUGCUUUUGGCAAAUACUUAGGCUACUUGAAGGUUGAGUUUGAUGCAAAAGGAAAUGUCAUCACUUCACAUGGGAAUCCCAUUCUUCUCAACAGCAGCAUUCCUGAAGAUCCAACCAUAAAAGCAGAAAUUAACAAGUGGCGGAUAAAAUUAGAUAAUUUUUCUUCCCAGGAAUUGGGGAAAACAAUUGUCUACCUGGACGGCUCCUCUCAAUCGUGUCGCUUUAAAGAAUGCAACAUGGGCAACCUGAUUUGCGAUGCUAUGAUUAACAACAACCUUAGGCACUUGGAUGAAAUGUCCUGGAACCACGUAUCCAUGUGCAUUUUAAACGGUGGUGGUAUUCGGUCUCCCAUCGACGAGCAGAACAAUGGCACAAUUACGUGGGAGAACCUGGCUGCUGUGUUACCCUUUGGAGGCACCUUUGACCUGGUCCGAUUAAAAGGCUCCACCCUGAAGAAGGCCUUUGAGCACAGCGUGCACCGCUAUGGCCAGUCCACUGGAGAGUUCCUGCAGGUGGGAGGAAUUCACGUGAUGUAUGAUCUUUCCCGGAACCCUGGGGACAGGGUGGUCAAAUUAGAUGGUCUUUGCACCCAGUGCCGAGUGCCCAGUUACGAGCCUCUCAGAAUGAAUGACGAAUAUAAUGUGGUCCUCCCAAACUUCCUUGCCAAAGGUGGAGAUGGAUACCAGAUGAUAAAAGAUGAGGUGUUACAACAUAACUCAGGUGACCAAGAUAUCAACGUAGUUUCUCAAUACAUCUCAAAAAUGAAAGUAAUUUAUCCAGGAAUUGAAGGUCGGAUCAUGUUUUCUGCAGGAAGUUGCUACCAUGGGAACUUGUAUCUAAUACUUCUCUCCGUUUUGCCAGCCAUCUAUUUUUGGUUUUAUGGCCAAUAAUUACAGACUUUCUCAUGUCAGUACUGUGUGAAACUGCAUUUUUUUCUCAAAUGAGAUUCAAGCCUACCUUUUAGGAACUGUCAUUCUAACAGCACAGACCAUCUUCACAGGCUCCUAGAAGCUGAAUUUACAUCUUUUUUAAAAUACUUUUUAAAAAACAUUAGAAAGGUUUUAUUUAUUUAUUUUUACAGAGAGGGGAAGGUAGGGAGAAAGAGAGACCAGCAAUGUGUGGUUGCCUCUCACGCGCUCCCUACCGCAAACCUGGCCUGUGCUGACUGGGAAUCAAACUGGCAACCCUUUGGUUCACAGGCUGGCAGUCAAUCCGCUGAGCCAUACCCACCAGGGCAGCUGAGUAUAUCUUAAAUGAAGACACUGACAUCAUCAGGCAGGAUGGACAGCUUUAGUGAACACAUAGGAAAGAAUUUAAAAUGAGCCCUAUGAAGAAGGCCAACCAUCUUUAGUUUACAUGUGCAAAUUUUAAGCUCUUUAGAAUGAUACUUAAUGGUCUCCUCUCUUCAUAAUUAUCAAUAGCCCCAAGCUCAUGGAUGAAAAGUCUCUACUUAAUCUCUGGUCUCUUUUUUUUUUUUUACCUUUUUAUCUCCUGUUAUAGCAAGUUUAAUGGACUAAACACAGGGUAGUAUUCUCUCCUGUGCCACCUGUGUGCUUCUGAUGAGUCAAGGAACAAAUGAUGCAGCAGAUAAUGGGACAUGCCAAGUCAAGGGGCAGGGAGAAAGGGAAAGGACAGGGACCCAGGACCAACUUUCUUUAUAGAAUGAAAAGAGCUAAAGGACAUUUAGAUUUGUCAAGUAGAUAUUUGCUAAGGAGUAGCAGCCUAGUGACUGACAUGGUAUUGUUAAUAAUUUAUGAGAUUCCAUCAGUUCUGCCUCUAUGCUCUUUCCUUCCUCCUUAACUUUAAGAGAGCCAUCCGAGACACGUCGUAAUUCUAAACCGGCAUGGGUCCCUCCCUAGCAGGUACCAACACUGUAGUUAUUCUAGUUGCACCACAAACACAGACUUCCUCCCCAUUAUGGAAACAUAGAGGGGAGACAAGGGUUGAUUUUAAAAAAUGGGAUACAACAGAAGUUUAAAGUCAACUCUGCCUCCAAAUCUGAACACUCACUCUUAAGUAAUUAUCAAGUCUAGAUAUAAGAACUCCUGCCUGGGAGUGAGCUGCUCUGAGUGGGUGUUCAGGAAAUACCCAAACUGAUGAGGUAAUAUACUCCCAAAGAACAAAGUGCUUGCUUAAGGUGGUAGUGGGAGCAUGUGAACCUGCUCAACAUUGCAUAAAUGAGAAAUGGAAACUACCUUAAAAAUAGUAAGCACUCCCAGCUCUCACCCCCCAAGAAAACACCACCUACAACGACCACAAAACAAAACAAAACAGAAACUUGUGUGGCCAAUAAGGGAGUAUGGAAGCAGUUUCUGGGGUGCUAGAAUAUUUUACGUCUGUGUUUGGUCAUUGGUCACCCAGGCUUGUUAAGUGUGUGAAAUCUAUUGUUUAUGAUACAGACACAUUUCCAAAUAUAUUUAUACAUAAUAAAAAGUUGGGAUAAAAAAUAGUAAACAGAACUAUAGGUUUCAAGAGGGAAUGUUUGUUUCUUAAUGUUUACAAAUAUUCAGUACUCCUGAUACAGAAUAUAUAUUUUUUAGUUUCAUAAGCUCUGUAUAAAGGUUGUUGCAGUAAUAAUAUCCUCAGUUCUAUGUAUAUACACAUUAGCUAUAAAUAAACUAAUGUCAAGAUUGUAAGAAAAAUUAGAUGUGCAUUUGGGGAAUAUUUUUUAUGCUUGGCCUAGUAAAAUAGGAUAGGAUCCCUA